AUGGCAAGAACCAAGCAGACUGCACGGAAAUCAACGGGAGGAAAGGCUCCUCGAAAGCAGCUGGCCUCCAAGGCAGCUCGCAAGAGUGCGCCAAUGUCAGGCGGCAUCAAGAAGCCUCACAGAUACAGGCCUGGCACUGUAGCUUUGCGCGAGAUCAGGAAGUUUCAAAAGAGCACAGAUCUCCUCAUCCGCAAGUUGCCCUUUCAACGCCUUGUCCGCGAGAUUGCCCAGGAUUUCAAGACAGAUCUCCGAUUUCAGUCCCAAGCAAUUCUUGCACUGCAAGAAGCAGCGGAAGCGUAUCUGGUUGGCUUAUUCGAGGACACUAACCUGUGCGCUAUUCAUGCGAAACGUGUAACGAUCAUGCCCAAGGAUAUCCAACUGGCAAGACGUAUCCGAGGCGAGAGAUCUUGA